GUUUUUGAGGUUAAGCAAUUGAUGUUGUUUAUUGAGAUUAGUUUUCUACGAAGUAAUAAGUUAACAUAAAUUAACAAACAUUUCAAUUAAACAUGGCCAAGCAUCAUCCUGAUCUUAUUUUCUGCAGAAAACAACCCGGUGUCGCUAUCGGUCGUUUGUGUGAAAAGUGUGACGGAAAAUGUGUAAUUUGCGAUUCAUACGUACGUCCCUGCACCUUGGUGCGUAUUUGUGACGAAUGCAACUACGGUUCAUAUCAAGGAAGAUGCGUUAUAUGUGGAGGACCCGGCGUCUCAGAUGCUUACUAUUGUAAAGAGUGUACAGUACAGGAGAAAGACAGGGAUGGAUGUCCAAAGAUUGUUAACUUGGGCAGCUCAAAGACUGAUCUGUUCUACGAAAGAAAGAAAUAUGGUUUUAGACGGCACUAGCAGUAACAUUAUUUUUAAAUUAUUCUUAAAUAUUAUAUAAUAAUUACUUUUCACCUAAAAUAUUAAUAAGUAAUUUGUUUGGGCAAGUUAGAUGUGAUAAAGUUUGUGAAUGAAAAUGAUUUCAUAAGUACAUUUACUUGUCAGAAAAUGUUUGAAUGCAGAAAGA